CGAAAACAAGCCCAUAGAUCCAUUUAUUUUUCACUCAUUUAUUCGAGAAGUAGUCAAACAGCGAUGUUGCAACAACCUAUUUCCAAAAAAAAAAAGACACACUUCAAUUAUUUUCCUAAACCAACAAGGCAAUGACACUUCCGACUUCAAAACCGCCCAACCAAGAAUGUCCACUCUCUUCAAUACAUCGACAUUACAUGUUUUGCAUCGUCUCGGCUUAUAUAUUGUGCAUCAACUGUAUUAUUGACAUCCUUAUGACACUUGCUGAAAAAACAACGACAAUGGUGCCAUCUCCCAUGUAAUUCGAACGAUAAUGACCCGGUGAUUGAAGAGUCGACACAAGUAGGUUUUAGCAGGACAUCAACUUUAUGUGCUCCCGGGAAACCCUGACCGGGUUUCCGGAUGAAUCAACGCCUCCAAGGUCCACAAGUCCGUCCAUGGAAGCACCCGAGCUCACACUGACAGAGUGGCUGGCAUAGAGUAACCUACCAAAAAAAAAAACCGACACGUUCUAGUAUCAAUCAAAUUACCAAAAAGCCCAUACGAGACAGGCCAGUAAAAUAGCGCGUACUAGUAGAGAGAGAGAGAGAGUAGUUGGCGCGCUGAUUCAGCGCAGCUCCGCCUCCACGCGCCAAGGCCCCAAAAUUUCCGAUUUUUCCCUCGGCUCCUCCUCCUCUCCCGCCGCGCGCCGCGCCAUGCCGCCGCCGCAGGAGUCCGGGGACCCCGGCCUCGCGGAGUGCCUCCGGCUGCUGGAGGCGGUGCCCGCCGCGGCGGCCUCGGCCCCGGCCUUCCGCCGCCACUGGCCGUCCCUCUCCGCCUCGCUCGCCGCGCUGUCGGCCGCCCUCGCCAGCCCCGCGUUCCCGCCGGCCGCGCCGCUGCUCGCGCCCCUCGCCGCCGCGCUCGGCGCGCUGCUGUCCGCCGCGUCGGACACGCCGAGGCUCGGCCACCUCCACACCGUCUCGCUGCUCUCGUCCUCCGCCGCCUCGCUGUCGCAGCUCGCCGCCGACGCGCGCCUCCUCGCCACGCCGGCUCCACCCGCAUCCGCCGCGGACGCGGACGCGCUGAUCUCCCGGCUCCGCCUGGGCUCCGCGGCGUCCCGCGCCGCCGCGCUGGAGGAGCUGGCGGGCACCGCGGCGGCGCUGCCGGCUCCCGCCGCCGCCGCGGCCGUCUCCGCGGUGGCGGCGCUGCUCGACUCCGCCGCCGGCGACCUCCUCCCUCCCUCCCGCGAGCGGGCCGUCGCCGUGCUGGCCGCCUUCGCGUCCUCGGACGCCGCGUGCCGGUUCCUGGCGGAGGACCCCGGCGCCGUGGUGCCCCACCUCUGCCGCGCGCUCGAGUCCGGCGGCGCGGGCGCGGAGCACGCGUGCGCGGCGCUGCUCCCGCUGACGGCGGCCUCGCGGGACGCGUCGGCCGCCGUGGCGGCGCGCGGCGGGGUGGCGGCGCUCCUCGCGGCGUGCGCGGGCGGGACGCCCGCCACCCAGGCCGCAGCGGCCGGGGUGCUCCGGAACCUGGCCGCGUUCCCGGACCUCCUCCCGUGGUUCCGCGACGAGGGCGCGCUGCCGCUGCUCCUGCAGCUGGUCUCCCUCGGCACCCCGCGCGCGCAGGAGCUGGCCCUCGUGUGCCUCCAGAACCUCACCGCCGGCGACGGCGACGAGGGCCAGCGGCUCAAGGUGGAGGCCUUCCAGGAGGGCGCCCUCGCCUGCGUCAGGGACUUCCUCGAUGCCAGCCGCGGCGACGAGCCGGGCCUGGCGCCGGCGCUGGGGCUCCUCCGCAACAUGGCCUCCUUCCGCUACAUCGCCGAGAUCGCCGCGUCCGCCAGCUUCGCGGCGCACGUCGCCGCCGCGCUGGGCAGCGACCGGUCCGCGACCCGCACGGAGGCCGCGCUGGCGCUCGCCGAGCUCUGCGGCAACGCCGCCGGCGGGGGCAGGGGGUCGAGGCGCGAGCUGGAGGGCGCCGUGCCGCGGCUGGUGUGGAUGCUGGAGGCCAAGCCCGCGGCCGAGCGCGACGCCGCGGCGCGCGCGCUGGCCGCGCUCCUGGCGUCCUCGGGCGCGUGCCGGAAGCUGUUCCGGAGGGACGAGCGCGGCGUGGCGGGCGCGGUGCGGCUCCUGGACCCCGCCGGCGCCCGCGGCGUGGACCGGCGGUUCCCCGUGGCGGUGCUGCUGGCCGUGGCGCAGUCCCGGCGGUGCCGGAAGCAGAUGGUGGCCGCCGGCGCGUGCGGGUUCCUGCAGGGCCUGAUGGCCGCCGAGGUCGACGGCGCCAAGAGGCUCGCCGAGUGCCUCGGCAAGGGGAAGAUGCUCGGCGUGUUCCCGCGGACGUGACCGCCGGCCGUUGACGGGAAGGAGGACACCCACCGUAUCAAAAUCAAGCCUUCUCCUCUCCUAGCUCUGUCUGUAUGUAUCAACUCGCCUCCGGCUUGCUUCGAUCUGCUUCUUCCUCUCGUGUUCUUGUGCGUGCGUGUGAUGCUGGUGAUGAUGAUCUUGUAAAUGUGGGCGUGCGUCGUCGUGGUGGAUGCAUAGCGUAGAGUUGCUAGAUGUUGUAAACGUGUGGCUUAGCGCGCUGGAAACAAUAAGGACACCGAAAGAUGUUGUACGGAUGCAAUCCCUGAUCUGAUCUGAAGGAAUUCAGCUUCAGGUUACUGACCGA